GGUGGUAGUGGGUGAGUAACCGCGUACGUGCAAAUCGUGCAGACUGCCAAAGGCGAGCGUCAGAAACGAGGCUUUCUGUUCAGUAACUGCGAACCCCUCCUUCAUUAAACCAAAUAUCGGCCUCUCUCUGGUUCGGUCCAGAUUAAUUCCCCGGAUCGGAACCAACAGUAUCUGCAGCAGCUCUGAGAACAUCCCAGGCGGAGCUGGUUUGUUUGUGAUGAGGAGGUCGCCCUGCUGCAGGGCUUUGCGUAACAUUCAGAUAAGAAGGAGGAGAGGACAUUUUUUUUUAUCGCGAGGACUUCUUUCACUUUGGUUUCAGUCUUAAAAUAAAUGGUUUUGUGAAGAAAUAAGCAGCUGACAUUUAACACUACUACAGACGCCGGACAAGGGGAAAUAACUGAGGCCUGUGCUGCAAGUCUCUGCAGACUUUUCUGCUCUUCAGCAUGAAGGCACCACUUGGAAUAUUCAUGAGCUCCGAUUUCCCACACUACAGUUUCAAGAUGCCAAAUAUAGGGUUCCAGAACCUUCCUCUUAAUAUCUACAUUGUGGUGUUUGGGACGGCCAUCUUUGUCUUCAUCCUCAGCCUCCUCUUCUGCUGCUACCUGAUCAGGUUACGGCACCAGGCACACAAAGAGCUUUAUGCAUACAAACAAGUCAUCCAGAAGGAAAAAGUCAAAGAGUUAAACUUGCAUGAGAUAUGUGCAGUGUGCUUGGAGGAGUUUAAACAGAAAGAUGAGCUGGGGAUCUGUCCAUGCAAACACGCCUUUCAUCGGAAGUGCCUCAUUAAGUGGUUGGAGGUGAGGAAGGUGUGCCCGCUGUGCAACAUGCCCGUCUUACAGCUCGCCCAGCAGGCCGGCACCACGGAGCCCCCUGCGCCCGUACAGCAACCCCUGCCCGGCGCAGAGAACCUGGUUUAACGAGCGCCGGGCGCCUUUCUAAAAGCACUCGGCCCAGAAACCACACCCCAACGCUCACCUUAAACAGACACACUUGGCUGUGAACUGACAGAAACUGGAGUGAGUGCACAGAAACUCACCAAACCGAGAGUCUGCAGCCAUCAUCACCUACGCAGGAGUCCCUCACCAUCAGCAGCGCUGAGUGGCUCACAAUCAGCUGCUCCGUUUUUAUUAUUUUUUUUACUUCAUAGACGAUGAAGUUGAUCUAGAAGUUUUUUCCUUUUUAGUCACUUUUCCACAACCAAAGCGCUUUUUCUGGACGGCACCAGCAAAAGACAAGGAAGAAGAAAAUGACAAAAAAAAAGAAAAGCCAAGAACUUUAUGACACUAAGAUUUUCUUUUUGUUUAAAAAGCACUUUAUGAGAAGGCAAACCUUUAUUGCUUUAGGCCUAAGGUCAUGUGUUUUAUUUAAUUUCUUUUCUUCAUCUCCGUGUACAAAGCAGAUCUAUAUGUUUUAAAAACACCACAAAUAUCCAGAUAUAUGUCAGAGGGACUGUAACUCUGGAAAGCUUUGGUCUGCUUUAAUGUGAAACAUUUGAUCAUGUUCCCCAUCACCCAGGCGUUACUCUGACUGAUCAGCUCAUCUCAGACAGAAACAACAUCCAGAUUUUAGGUAACCAAUGUGCUCUCUAAGCCAAGGCCUUUGAAUUGUUUCAUGGAGGAAACACUUCUAGCUUUUCAUUGCUCUGUUUUCUGUAUCAAUAUCAUCAGAUUAAGUAUUAUAUAUUUCACAGAUGAGAGCUUGAAACUUGGAAGAACAACUCUGAAAGUCACCUCACAGCAAACGUGUCAGAAGGUUAUCCUCCCUCCCAUUUCAGCCACGUUAUCUUUCUCGCCACUCAUAAGCUAUUUAUUGAUGUUUCUUUUUCUAUUUAAAACACCUUUUUUUUAAUGGUUACAGCUGCAUUUCAGAGAAUAGGUCAGUGAAUUGUCCCCAGUGCCAGGAGUCCUGCCCUCAGCGUGUUAUCAGCACAUCCUUUUAGUGGACGAACAUACGUGCACAUGGGGGAGCGGCUGGAGCUGCCCUUCCUUUCUCUCACUGCCAUAGUCAGUGGUCAGCAGGUUGGAGUGAAACAGCGUUUUCAUUCAUGCAAACGCAAAACUUUUUUUUUUUUUCACUGCAGUAAUCUGGUGCUUUCUCUCCUCUCUCCAACUCUUUCUGCACCGGUACAACACGCUUUUGUCUGGUGCCACACGUUGUUCAGCUCUGAGCCAUGGUUUUUGUCCCCCUGUUAGCUGCUUUGGUGAAUUAAUCUGCUACUUCUGUAACAUCAAUGGAAUAAAAAAGUUCCCAGAGGUUUGGGAAUAAAAUGUUUAGUAAUCUGCAGGAUUUUGUAGCGUUUAGUGAGAAUGUAAUGAUAGUGCUUGAACUGAGAACACCUGCAAGAUGUUAUAAUCAACCAUGAGAUAAUGGUUGUAGCAAAUUAGAGUUGUUGCACCCUUUCAGAUCCGAUAAUAACCACUUAGGAGACUUUUCGUAACGGGAGUACAGAUGAUACGUUCUGUAUCUGGUGCUUAUCUAUUAUUAUUAGGCCACGGCCACAUUUGGAUUCAUUUAUCUGUUCCUCUGAAAGAACCACUAAGUAACAUUUUAUUCUCAUACCCUAGCAGGUUAUGACCGAGUUAUCUCUUUUGCAGGCCUUGAUAACUUGCGGGCACAUAGGGAUGUUUUUUUUUCCCCAUCGAUGUUACAUGUAAAGCAGUUUAGUAACGAAGCUAAGGUUAAAAGGUAAAACCUGGAAUCCAUGUAAAUGAAAUGGAGAGUAAUUCUCCUUCAAACUAAGCUUCUUAUUUUCAUAUUAGAAGAUAAUAUGAUGAUGCAUUAGUCUUCAUAUCCCGUUUUUUACAAAAGAGAAUCUGAUAAGUUAGGCCUAACAUUCAGUUUCAACCUCACGGAGGUCAGUCAUUUGUUUUUUGCAAAAUUGUCCAAGCCCAGUCGGACUGUAUGCAGAGCAUUUGUAAGCAUGUUUUCCUGCCUGGGCUGCAUCAUGAUGCUGACUCUACUUAGAAACAAGUCAAAGUUAGUUGCUGCUCUCAUCCAACCAUCACUAUUCAGGGUUAUCACAUUAAAGGUGGCUGAUUAUAAAUCCAUACUGUUCUUUUUAUUCUGUCAUUUUCCUUUUAGGCCAGAGUUGGGCACUAAUUUGUGCCGUAUAUAAUCCCGAUAAAACCAGGGAAAACAUCCAAAUGUUGUUUUAAACAUCUUUGUAUCCUUUUAAACGGUGAAAGUGUCUCCAGAACAGCUCUGGUACUAAAAAAAAAA